AUGCACUACAACAACACUUCAUCUUCACUUCAAGACUCAAUUUUUCGUAUCAGUUUGACAGACAUUUUUGCACCCACAUCUUUUUUCGGAAAAUUUUCCUCGACGACAGGAUCAGGAAUAGAAUACAGGUUUUUGUUUGACAUUGACUUUCGGCCACCACAACCAAGGAGUGACUGGCCGUUUUCUACUAUUAGGGCAAGAGGCCGGCAAGGGCUCCUAUUGGUUUAUUUCGCAGACUCCGAUUUGUACCAUUCGAAUUCCUCGAAUGUGAAGGGUGGUUUUCAUUUCCUACGUUUAAGAAAAACUUCACAGAAUCCGAGAGCGAGAGCAUCUACGUGCGUAGCCAACCUGGUUGUAGUGGUAGAAGCAGUACAGGUACACGAGGAAUCUUCAUCAUUCGUCAUCUCCAAAACGCGAUGGCGGACAAGGGCAAUAGGACGAAAUGCAAAGCUUCAUGUCGGCCGCAACCGUGCUGGUAUACUAGGCGAUGACCCCGUAGUUCGAAGCCUAGGUCUUGCAGUUUUAAGAGCCAAUUUUCUUUGUCUCGACAAUCACCAGCAAAUGGCAAAGCAUGUAGUGUGUGUCUACGUGCGCCCUCGUGAGAAAGUAGAAGGAUAAUUCUCGUUUAGUAGUGCACGAGUUUGUCGAAUCCUUUUAUAGGCCUGCAAUACUGAGGAUUUCAAAUAAACUAGAGCUACGCAGUUUCACCAACGAAUCUGCUAUCGUUUCUUUCGGUUGAGAAUAUAUAAACGCUGUGAUAAUUGCGAAAGCGAAAAGACCACGCCGCAAAAACUCAUACAUUCAUCAAUUGAGAAACAAACAAAACGACCAGCAGGCGUAUCGACCUUCUUUGACCGACGGAAAGGUGCGGCAAGUGUUUUUUGAGAGCC